UUGCCUGUCAUUUCGGGGGUUAAUGAUGCACCCACACUUGUGCUUUAGACUCCCGUUUCUCAAGUUAGAUCGGAAGUUAGUCUUGCAUUUUGAAGCGAGGCUUUGAAGUCCGGUCUUGCCACCUAAUUUUCCAUGUGACCUCUGACAGGUUAUCUUUCUGAAACUCAUUCACCGCUCCUAAAAAUGGAGCUAAUACCGGUCACCCGUUCAGCUGGUUUGCUCAUCUGCCAAAUGGGGCAGGAAACACCUGCUUUAUAAGUAUUGUCAUUAAAAGCUGUCCUGUCUUUAAAAUGCUGGACACCUGGGAGCAUUUCUCAGUGGCUUCCCCUUUACCACGAGCCAACUCUUCAGCUCUUCAGGCAAACAUUCAUGCAAAGUACAGUACUACUCUGAUCUCAAACGUGUCUCAAGCUGUGUUUGCAAAGCAUUGUUGGAGGAAGAAUAAAGACUGCCCUCUGAGAUUCUGUUUCUCAAACUGAGGACGUUAAGGAAUGCACAGGGAUACUUGAAACCACAGGUGCCGGGAAGACAACACUUUUGAACUAUAUUUUGACAGAACAACAUAGUAAAAGAAUAGCAGUCAUUUUAAAUGAAUUUGGAGAAGGAAGUGCUGUGGAGAAAUCCUUAGCUGUCAGCCAGGGUGGAGAGCUCUAUGAAGAGUGGCUGGAACUUGGAAAUGGUUGCCUCUGCUGUUCAGUGAAGGACAAUGGCCUUAGAGCCAUUGAGAACUUGAUGCAGAAGAAGGGGAAAUUUGAUUACAUAUUGUUAGAGACCACUGGGUUAGCAGAUCCUGGUGCUGUGGCUUCUAUGUUUUGGGUCGAUGCUGAAUUGGGGAGUGAUAUUUAUCUUGAUGGUAUUAUAACUGUUGUGGACUCAAAAUACGGAUUAAAACAUUUAACAGAAGAAAAACCUGAUGGCCUUAUCAAUGAAGCUUCUAGGCAAGUUGCUUUGGCAGAUAUCAUUCUCAUCAAUAAAACAGACUUGGUUCUAGAAGAGGAUUUAAACAAAUUAAGGACAGCCAUUAGAUCAAUAAAUGGACUUGGAAAAAUUUUAGAAACACGAAGAUCAAGAGUUGAUCUUACCAGUGUUUUAGAUCUUCAUGCCUUUGACAGUCUCUCUGGAAUAGGUUUGCAGAAAAAACUUCAUCAUGUGCCAGCAACACAACCUCACCUUGAUCAGAGUAUUGUUACAAUCACAUUUGAAGUACCAGGAAAUGCACAUGAAGAAAAUCUAAAUGUCUUUAUUCAGAAUCUCCUAUGGGAAAAGAAUGUGAGGAGCAAGGACAAUCGCUGCAUGGAGGUCAUACGGCUAAAGGGGCUGGUGUCAAUCAAAGACAAACCGCAGCAGGUGGUUGUCCAAGGUGUCCAUGAGCUGUAUGACUUGGAAGAGACUCCAGUGAGCUGGAAGGAUGACACUGAGAGGACAAAUCGGUUGGUCUUUAUUGGCAGGAAUUUAGAUAAGGAUAUCCUUAAACAACUAUUUAUAGCUACUGUGACAGAAACAGGAAAGCAGUGGACAACACAUAUGAAAGAAGAUGGAAUUUGUCUGUAACACAAGAAGCUUUUCUUCUCAAAAGGAUUGGAUGACAAAGAUGAGAAUAACUUUCCUACUCAGUGUAUUUCUAGCAUCUAUUUUCAUGAUUUCUGUUAAGAAUUUCAGUGUACUUUAAAAUAAUAUUUAUUUUAUAGGACGCAUAAAUUAUAGUAAACCAGUACUGUAAAAUAUUUGACAGUCAUACAAUAAAUAUAAUCUGCUGAA